UCUAGGAAUUUCAGAUGAAGCCAUUAGUUCGGUUCUGGUGCAAGAAGAAACCAAGCAGCAGAAACCAAUCUAUUAUAUCAGCAGUGUACUACACGGAGCAGAGCUGAGGUAUCCUAUAGCUGAAAAAACAGCAUUAGCAGUUGUCACUUUGGCUAGGAAGUUAAGGCCAUAUUUCCAGUAACACCCAAUUAUCGUUCUCAUAGAUCAACCUCUCAGGCAGAUUCUACAGAAACCAGAGUGCUCUGGAAGAUUAAUUAAGUGGGCAGUAGAACUGGGGGAGUUUGAGAUAACGUUCCAGCAGAGAUCGGCCAUCCAAGCUCAAGCAUUAGCAGAUUUUAUUGUUGAAUGCACUCCAUGUCCCUCAACCUCUAAUCUAGAGCCCAACGACUGGACCUUAUAUGUUGACGGGGCAUCUAGUAGCAAGGGUUCAGGAGCUGGCGCUCUCUUGAUUGGUCCAGAGGGUUAUCGAAGCGAGCAUGCUUUGAAAUUCAACUUUGAUGCAACAAAUAACAUGGCUGAAUAUGAAGCUCUGCUACUUGGUCUACAUCUAGCAUUAGAGUUGAAAAUCAGUGCAAUUCAAGUAUUAAGUGACUCCCAGCUGGUAGUGAACCAAAUCAACUCAAUAUGUGAAAUUGUUAAUCCUGUGAUGGUGAAAUAUGCAGCCUUAGUGGCCGAGCUGAAAUGCAAAUUCCAAAAAUUUUGUCUAAGCAAAAUUCCUCGAGCUGAGAAUGAACAAGCAGAUUCACUCUCCAAGUUUGCUUCUAAUAGCUCGUUAAGUUCCAGAUCCGUUUUUGUAGAGGUCUUAGAUGAACCAAGCUUCAUGAAACCUCGGGUGAUGGAGAUUAGCACAAACCCUAGCACGCCGAGCUGGACUGAUUCAAUCAUCUCCUUUUUGCGAGAUGGGAUAGUACCCGAGGAUAGGCAGGAAGCAAUGAAGUUAAGAAAGAAAGCAUCUCGGUAUACACUCGUUGAUGGAGUCCUGUAUAAGAGAUCCUUCUCACUUCCUCUUCUAUGGUGUUUAAAUCCCUAUGAAGCUGAAUAUGCACUUCGAGAGGUACAUGAAGGUAUCUACGAAAGCCACGUUGGUGCUAGAACCCUAGCUCACAAAGCCUUAAGGCAGGGAUAUUACUGGCCAAACAUGUACAAAGAUGCCACUCACUUUGUUUAGAAAUGCCCAAAAUGUCAAUUCUUCGCACAUCUGACUCACCAACCAGCAGAAGAGCUCACGAACUUGGUAGCACCGUGGCCAUUUGCUCAGUGGGGACUAGAUCUUUUAGGCCCAUUCGUGAAAGGAGUUGGUGGUGUAACCCAUCUGGUUGUUGGUGUGGAUUAUUUCACAAAAUGGGUUGAAGCUCGGCCAUUAUCUAGUCUUACCUCCAAGAAGGUUGAAGACUUUGUUUUCAGCUCGAUCAUCUGCAGAUAUGGGAUCCCGAAUUAGAUUGUGGCUGAUAAUGGAACUCAAUUCAAUUGUUCCUCAUUCCGAGAUUUCUGUUCCAAUUAUGGGAUCAAGUUACAAUUCACCUCCGUUUAUCAUCCAGAGUCCAAUGGACUUGGCCUUUGGUACUGAAGCAGUCAUUCUUGUUGAAAUAGGAGUCCCAAGCUUCCGGGUCACUCAUUUCGAUGAAGGACAAAAUGGACAACUAUUUCGGGAAAACCUUGAUCUGCUUGCUGAAGUCAGAGAAGAAGCUCAGCUUCAAACUCUUGUAUACAAGCAGAAACUAGCCAACUUCUACAAUAAACGAGUCUGCCCUCGAACAUUCAAAGUAGGAGACCUUGUUCUCAGAAAAGCUGGCCUAACAGGGUUUGAAACUCGUUUUGGCAAACUCGCCCCAAAUUGGGAAGGCCCUUAUACCGUGCUCGAGGUGCCACAUCCUGGUGCCUAUGUCCUCCAAGACGCUAAAGGAAAGAGAGUUCCUAGAGUCUGGAAUGUCAAUAACUUGAAGAAAUUUUGCCCCUAAUAAAAUUCUUUCAAGUGAUCUAUGUCUUACUAUUCUUUACGCUUUUCACCUCGUGUUUAUUAAGAUUCAUUUUACCUCUUAUUCUAUGUAUCUGAGGUCAAUCAGUUCAUUCAUUCCUCAAACCUCACUUCUGUUAAUAAAUGUCACUUCACAUU